AUGGGUAUUCUAAACAAGAUCACAAGCCUAUGGCCGAAUCGUCAAGCAAAGGUGACGACACUCAAUGCAUCUUCCGUCAUCCCGCCUGCACUCAACGCCAUGGAAGCUCCCAAAUCAGGAAGAGCAUCGCGCAUGCUGGCUUCUUUGCGGAGACUGUUCCACUAUAAACACAGUCGAACCGUCUCGCCCAAGACACACGAAGAACGCAAAUCCGAGACCAGCGACGACGUGUACCAGCUCGAACCGCUCACACUCAGCCUCGAGCAGGAGUCCAGUGGUGGGUGGGAAGUUGAUGACAUCUUUCGAGGGUCCGAUAUCGCUGAGCCCGGUGUUCAGCAGAUCACGAAUGAAGGCUUUGCGCAGUCGUCCGAUGACCAUGUCGACAUUGCGAAAAACAAUCACGUUCUUAACAAAGUAGACAAAGGAUCAACCGCUUGCGAGAGCACCGCAACUGACGACAAACGUACAAUUCGUGAAGCUGGGAGCCGAUCCACCAUCACCUCGACUCUGACUUAUAAGCUUGCUGGGUCCAUCUUCGAUAACGUACAUCACCACGAUAGCUGCACGACUACGAACGGCUCGACUACGAUUAUUCGUUCUCUGAAAGAGGUUACGGGCGACGCGUCGACGGCAGUAAACCUUCACAACGACAUGUUGGAGAGCUUUGACGUGCCUUCGGAUCCUUCAAGCCGUAGCCAGCAAAGGGAUAGCGCAUCCUCGCGAAACAUACAAGCAUGUCAAGAAGAUGAUAGUCUUCUGAUUCCGAGUAACACGACGCAGUCGCAAGACGGCAAUACAUGCACAACUGCAAAGAGUGAAGCGGAUACUGGCACUGGGGACGAUCGCGACACCACCGUCAGGACAGAUGCAUCUGAAGCCGGGAUGUCUCGCUUUGAUUGGGAAAAGAUUCACGCAAUUCCUGAUUCGGCAUUCAGACAGCUGCUGCAUUCGGUCAUCGAGAGCUACAGCUCCGUCGAUAUUGCUUUAGAGGAGUGCCAUGUUACGCAACGCAGGGAUGGUGGAUUUCAUCACGUUGUGUUCAUGGCAGCGGUAAAAGACGAGCCUCCCAACCGUCUUGUCGAACGAUAUGUUUUCAGAGUCCCUGCUAUUGGAACUGCAGCCCGGUGGCAGCCAGGCGAUCAGCACAACCUACGCUGCGAAGUGACCUUGAUGCAGUGGCUGCGAAACAAAACUUCCAUCCCGAUACCAGAAGUCGUUGACUUCGCUCUAGAUAUCGAGACCUCUUUCAUCGGCGCACCAUACAUCUUGAUGAAGCGCAUGCCUGGAAAAGCCGCCCAAAACGUCUGGUAUGACAAGCCUAGUGAUCGCAAUCAUGUCACCACCAACUGCGUUUCUCCACAAACGGAGAAGAAGCGUCGUAAUAUUCUGCGCUCACUUGCGCAGUGUAUGUCGCAGCUAAGAGAUGUGAGCUUCAAUGAGGUUGGUCUUGUAGAUUGCAAGGACGCACUUUCUUUAAGCGCGACGCCAACAACUACAGUCUCAUAUCGCUGGAAGCCGCCGUACGAACUCACUGCGGAGGAUCUAGGAGGACCAACCCAAGUGUACCCAUAUGGACCAUUCAAAAAGAAUCUGGACUACUGGAAGCUGGACUUGGAGGAGAGCUGGCCUGCGAUCCCUGAAUACGAUCCCGAUGUUGAUCAAGAAAUACUGAACAUGGUAUCUGGAAUGCGCAAGAUCAUCGACAUGCUUCACGACCACCCUACCAUCGCCGCUUCGAAAAAAGAUCCCGCAGAUGCCGACGAGAAGGAGACCUUCGUCAUCCGUCAUCCUGAUCUCGAUCUACAGAACAUUCUCGUAGAUGACGACGGCAACGUUACAGGCAUCAUCGACUGGGAUAACUGUCUCGCCGUCCCUCGCUGUAUCGGCUAUGCUUCACUACCCGACUUCCUCCGUCGUGAUUGGAACAAAGACUUUUCUCUUGCUGACUCACCCCACAUGCCCACAUGGGAGAUGCAGAAGUACGCGGAUAUUUAUGCCGAUGCCAUGGCAGAGACUGGAUGCUCCGACGCGAAAUACACACGUAAGUCUGGGAUGUAUCGGGCUAUUGCUGGUGCAAUCACGCAGGGUAGUCUCACGGAUGUGAUUGAGAAGCUCUUCGCUCAUAUUCCAGGGUUGAGGAUGAGUAAUGUUGAGGAGCUUCAGCGACUGAUAGGUGGAGGAUGGGUUGAGGGUGAGGAGUAUAUCAAGAAGGCGAUUGGCAAGCUGUUAGAGCCCAGCGGCCGCUUUACUUGA